AUGCCCCCCGCGCUCCGCCCCGCCCACGAAACAAAGCACAUCCCCGUCCUUAUCUAUCCCUUCCGCACACAACAAUUCCAUCUCGCGCAGCUUGACAACGGCGCAACAAAUGGCAGCGCCCUCUGGCUCGGCGCACAGUGUCUCUCCUUGUUUUUCUCCGACAAUCUCAAGCGCAGACCAUCGCCAUCCGGCCACCCGGACGCCGCGUUCCGUCCCAGAGCGAUUGAACUUGGAAGCGGCAUCGGCCUCUCCGCGCUUGCCCUCGCAUCUAUGGGCUGGGACGUGAUUGCGACUGACCUGCACGACGUUGUCUCAUCCGUCCUUGCCGAUAACAUCUCCAGCAACCUCUCCCGGCUCCCUGUCGAUUCCGGUACCGUGCAAGUGCGCAUCCUCGACUGGACGGUCCCUCCUGACCGUUGGCUGUGGGACGAUCCGCAAACUAUUGCCUCAUCUGAGGCCGAGAAGCCUCAGUCUGCCGUACCCCAAGCCCCCGUCCUCGGUCCUCCGUUCGACCUCAUCCUCACAUCCGAUACCAUCUACUCACCGGACCUGGUCACACCUCUCCUGCGCGCUUUACACGGCCUUUGCCUUGCCUCCGCUUCCGAGCUCCGGACUACGCCCGUCUAUCUUUGCCUCGAGCGGAGAGACCCGGCCCUAGUAGACCAUGCACUAUCGGAGGCGAGAGAUAGUUGGAACUUCAAGGUAGAGCGCAUUCCCCACAAGAAGCUUGCCAAGGCUCUCGAGAAGUCAGGCGCUCACUGGGAGAAGGGUGAUUGGGAGGGCGUCGAGAUCUGGAAGUUGGCUCUUCGCUCGUGA